GAGCACUACGCCGUGCUCGGUGUGAGUUCCCGCGCGACUAAGGCGGACGUGAGUAAGGCGUACAAGUCGCUCGCGCUGAAGUUUCAUCCCGACAAGGCGCCGAGCGACGCCGUUCGGCCGGCGUCUGAGGCGCUCUUCAAGCGCGUCGCCGAGGCGUACGCGGUGCUCAAGGACGCUUCCAAGCGCGCGUCGUACGAUGCCACACGAAUACGUCGCACGCACUCC